AUGCUAUCCCUAACAAAAACCCCAACAGAAACAGCAACAACUAAAACUCAUACUGAAACAAAAACUAUAAAUACAGCCCAAAUAUCUCUCCAAAUAUUCAGUUUUUUUUUUUUUUCUUUUCAUCACUACUUAAUCAAGUAUCAAAUCAAUCAAUUAACUAAUUCAAUCAUUAUGAGAUUUUCAAUUGCUACUUUAUCUUUAGCUGCUUUUACUGUUGUCAAUGCCGGUUAUAUUUCCCGUGGUGAAGGUUUAACCAGAGGUGAGAAAUACGAAAGACAUGAAUGUGAUUUCGAUUCUUUUGAAUGGAAAUUUGGUUUAGCCGUUAAAGAAUUAAAACAUCAUGGUGACAAGAAUUGGGGUAGAGAUGUUGAGUUGGAUUUAGUUUAUGAAAGUGAUGAUGGUCAAUUAUACCAUGGAUGCAAAGAUGUUUAUAAAGCUUCUAAAUGCAGAAAUUGUUAUGAAACUUUUGAAUUCAGUGAUAAUGAAAGUAGUGAUGAUGAAGGUAGUGGUAGUGAUUGUGAAGAUGAUGAAUGCAAGAAGAGAAAGAAGAAAGUUCAUAGAAACUACAAACGUGGUGGUUAUGGUAGUGAACGUAGACAAAGUGAUUGUGAAUCUGAUUGUGAAAGAUCUGAACGUUGCAACUAUCCAUUCUGUGAACUUUAUGAAGAUAAUUGUGAUUUGCUUCUUACUUUAUGUGAUGGUGUUUUACAUGAUGAUAGACAUGCCACUGGUGAAAUUGUUGCUAAUCAUCAAUUCCAAUUUGAUAAACCACCACAAAAAGAUGCCUUACAUAAAAAGGGAUUUUCCAUUGUUUACACUCAUGGUAAUUACUAUUUGGCUCUUGACAACAAGAUCAAAUUCUGGCAUUGUAAAGUUGAUGACAAUGGAUUAUACAAGAUCUACGAUAAAUCUAUUGGUGAACAAUGUUGCGAAAUUGAACUUAUUAUUUUGAAAUCUGAUAAAAAAGCUGAAUUUGAAUUCACUGAUAGAGAAAGUGAUAGUGAAGGUAGUGAUUGUGAUGAUGAUUGCAAAAAAAACAAGAAACAUGGUAAAAAGCAUUCAGGUUAUUAA